CAAAAGCAUACAGAACCUUUGGAGUGUUCCUCGAUCUCUUCUCUUUCUUCCAAGCAAUCGCAUUAAUGGAAGCAAUUCUGGAUAUUCAAGAAUUCCCUUUGAUCAUUGCAGUUGCUUUCAGUGGUUUGGCAAUCGCUUUGGCUGGCCUUUCUUUAUGGUAUCUUAGAGAGUAUGUCAGUUAUAGCAAAAAGAGAGCUUCCAAUCUCCCACCUUUACCUG